AUGGUCAACACAGCUCUCGACCACCUCAACUUGGGGGGCAAGAUCGAAUGGCUCUCGCAGCUCGAUACCGCGUUCCAGCCUGCCCGCAACUUCCGCCGCACCUCCAUCAUCUGCACCAUUGGCCCCAAGACGAACUCUGUUGAGGCCAUCAACAAGCUCCGCGAGGCUGGCCUCAACGUGGUGCGCAUGAACUUCUCCCACGGCAGCUACGAGUACCACCAGUCUGUCAUUGACAAUGCUCGCGCUGCCGAGAAGGCCCAGAAGGGCCGUCAGGUCGCCAUCGCCCUCGACACCAAGGGCCCCGAGAUCCGUACCGGCAACACCGUCAACGAUGCCGAUCUCCCCAUCUCCGCCGGCGCCAUCUUGAACAUCACCACCGAUGAGAAGUAUGCCACGGCCUGCACCACCGAGAACAUGUACGUCGACUACAAGAACAUCACCAAGGUCAUCUCCCCAGGCCGAAUUAUUUACGUCGACGACGGUGUCUUGGCGUUCGAUGUGCUCGAGAUUGUCGACGACAAGACCAUCAAGGUUCAGGCGCGCAACAAUGGUUUCAUCUCUUCCCGCAAGGGUGUCAACCUGCCCAACACCGAUGUCGAUCUGCCCGCCCUCUCCGAGAAGGACAAGGCCGAUCUCCUGUUCGGCGUCAAGAACAAUGUCGACAUGGUCUUUGCUUCUUUCAUCCGCAGAGGGCAAGACAUCAAGGACAUUCGUGAGGUCCUCGGCGAGGAGGGCAAGCACAUUCAGAUCAUUGCCAAGAUUGAGAACAGACAAGGUCUCAACAACUUUGCCGAGAUUCUCGAGGAGACCGACGGUGUCAUGGUUGCCCGUGGCGAUCUCGGUAUCGAGAUUCCCGCCGCCGAGGUGUUCGCCGCUCAGAAGAAGAUCAUUGCCAUGUGCAACAUUGCUGGCAAGCCCGUCAUUUGCGCCACUCAGAUGCUCGAGUCCAUGAUCAAGAACCCCAGGCCAACCAGAGCCGAGAUCAGUGAUGUUGGCAACGCAGUUACUGACGGCGCCGACUGUGUCAUGCUUUCCGGUGAGACAGCCAAGGGUAGCUACCCCAACGAGGCUGUGCGUGAGAUGAGCGAGGCCUGCCUCAAGGCCGAGAACACCAUCCCAUAUGUCAGCCACUUCGAGGAGCUGUGCGCCCUUGUCAAGCGCCCCGUCUCCAUUGUCGAGUCUUGCGCCAUGGCGGCUGUCCGGACGUCUCUCGACCUCAACGCCUCGGCCAUCUUCGUUCUCUCCACCUCGGGGGUCUCUGCCCGCCUCAUCUCCAAGUACCGCCCUGUUUGCCCCAUCAUCAUGAUCACUCGGAACGCGUCGGCCUCGAGAUAUGCCCACUUGUACCGCGGCGUAUACCCAUUCUCCUUCCCAGAGGCCAAGCCCGACUUUAGCAAAGUCAACUGGCAGGAGGAUGUGGAUCGCCGCAUCAAGUGGGGUCUUACCCACGCUAUCGACUUGGGUGUUCUCAACGAGGGUGAGACGGUGGUGGUUGUCCAGGGCUGGAAGGGCGGCAUGGGCAACACAAACACUCUGCGUAUCGUUAAGGCCGAUGUGGACCACCUCGGCAUUGGCCAGCUGGAGUAG